AACAAGGCGGAUACACACUCACACACAGUCACACAGACACUCACACAGACAGCGCGGGGCAGAGCGUUCAGUACAGAGUACCGCACCCACCGCCACAACCUCAAGAGGGGCGGUUACCCCUCGCGUGCUGAUGCGGACCGGGCCCGGGGUUUCCCGCAGAUGAAGGAGCUGGCGAGUCGGGAAGGCGUCCGGCUCUUCCGGCUGCUGAAUCUCCACCUGGAGCAGGAGCAGAAAUUCCAACCCCGGGAGAAAGGGCUGAGUCUGAUGGAGGCCACCGCUGAGAACGACAAUACCCUGUGUCCAAGACUGAGAAAUGCCAAGGUGGAAGAUCUCAGGAGCUUAACCAACUUUUUUGCAUUUCGGACCGAAACCUUUGUCCUGGCCGUCAACAUUUUGGACAGAUUCUUGGCUCUUAUGAAGGUGAAACCUAAGCAUUUAUCUUGCAUUGGCGUCUGCUGUUUCCUGUUGGCCGCCCGCUUAGUGGAAGAGGAAUGCAAUAUUCCGUCCAUCCAUGAUGUCAUCCGAAUUAGCCAAUGUAAAUGCACUGUGUCCGAUAUCAAAAGGAUGGAAAAGAUCAUUUCAGAAAAGCUGCACUAUGAAUUGAAAGCUACUACUGCCUUAACUUUUUUACACUUGUACCACGCUAUUGUUCUCUGUCACACUUUGCAAAGAAAAGAAGUAUUGAGCCUUGACAAACUGGAAGCUCAGUUAAAAGCUUGCAACUGCCGACUAAUUUUUUCAAAAGCGAAACCAUCUGUAUUAGCCUUGUGCCUUCUCACUCUGGAAGUGGAAACUCUGAAAUCUAUUGACUUGUUAGAAAUUCUCCUACAUGUUCAGAAGCAUUCCAAGAUUAACGAUCCUGACUUGCUGUACUGGAGAGAGUUGGUUUCCAAAUGCCUAACGGAAUAUUCUUCGCCCGCGUGCUGCAAGCCGGACCACAGGAAGCUGGUGUGGAUCGUUUCACGGCGCACGGCCCAGUGCCUGCACAACAGCUACUACAGCGUCCCCGAGCUGCCCACCAUCCCCGAAGGCGGCUGUCUCGAUGAGAGCGAAGGACUCAGCCGAAGAUAUGAGUUGUGGAGAAGAAAGUCUGAGCAGCUCCCCUCCCAGCGACAAGGAAUGCUCCUUCUCCUUCGACUUCAAAGUGUCACAAGCUCUGUGCUUCCCCUCUUAGAAAUAUCAUUGCACAAGAACUGGGAUUUGGUUUCUAAGCAAUAAGUGGGGGUGAGGGUGUGGGGAGGGAUUGAGCAGUCUAAAUUUUCUUUGUAUUCCCUUCCCUUAUCUUCAGCCUCCCCUCCAAGGAGGAGGCCCAUACUUCGCUCCCCGUAUUUACGACUCAGAUCCGUUCUGCCGCUUUCGGACUUCAGCCUAAGCCAUCAGAUGGAUUCCCGUCUCCUUCACAAGAACUUUAAAAUGUGGCACUUUUUCAUUUUUGACACAGAUAGGGUCUCUGGCUCUCUCUGCUUGCUCGGGAGAGGAGGCCUGGAAUCUCAAAUUUACUACUUAGGGCUUUUCUAGGGAAUUGUAACGGUAUAGGUCUUUUGUAACUCUUUGUAAAGAGCCUUCAGGUAUUCUGACUCCAGCCCAGGGAGACCGUUCACGGACUGAACGGUGCUUUGUCCUCUGAACGGUUUUUCUUGUGUUUUUUUUUUUUUUCUUUUUCUCCCCCAAACGUGUCCCAAGAAGCUGCAGGCUCCCAUAGGAGAAGGAUGCAGAUCAGGUGACGUUUGGUGGUAUUUGGGGGGAAAUGCUUCACGCAGUCUAAGCGGUGUUCAAAUCGGACGAGCCUCUUGACCUUUGUACACUUUUGUAUUUAAUGCCUCGGUUCAAGCUGGUGUCCUAGAGCCGAAGUCACUGGAAGGCUAAGGGAUCAGGUAUUAAAGUCUUUGCGACUAAGUACUUUAGCCCUGUAGCUUUAUUUUAGUGAUAUCGAGCCAAGUCCCUAAUCAUAACGAGUUCUGCAUGCAUGUGUGUGAAAGCAGGUAGUGCAAGAAAAAUUCAUUACACUGAAGUGUUGGAAAGUGUGUCAUUGAUCAGUAUUGGUGUAAUAGAAAUCUAGUUUUGUUGUUGUUGCUUUUCUUAGCGGAUCUUAAUGACCGCAUUACACUUCGGGAAUAGAGAAAGUAAACAAUGUUACUCAUGCUUUAUGAACAACUGUAUUCGUAUAUGGGUGCUGGGGUUGAACUAUAAAGCAGAAAACCCAAGUGUUAAAUUUGUAUUCUAGAUGUAAGCAUCUUUCUGUGCUGUGGUACAGAUGUGAGUGGCAAUGUGUGUACUGAAACUUCUACAAGGACUGAAAGUUUACAAAAAUGUAUAUAAAAAAUGUAAAUUUAAAAAACUGUACAUAAAAAAAGUACCGUAUUUUUUUACAUUGUGUAUGUAACGGUCUGUAGACGCUGCAUGUAGAUAUAAUUUAUUACGUAUUCUGUAUGAUAAAAGCUGUACAUUGAUAUACUGUCUUUUUUUUACCGUUAAAUCGAGGACAGCUGUCUGAAAUCAAGCCCUCUAAAGUGCUCCACCCCAGUGGAUUCCAGUUCGGAAUAAAAUAAAAAUAUCCCUCC